AGUCCGGCACCAGGGCGGCAGCACCCCUACGUCGCUCCUCGCGCUGGCUCCGGACUCGUCGCGGCGGCAGCUGGCUCGCGUGUGUGCCUCGCGCGUGAACGGCCAAGGCACUUCUUGGCGGUGUCGCUGAGCAACUACAUAAGAGAAACAAAGACAAGAAACCAAAAUAAAAACGAAGCAGAGUAAAAUAUCCUCUCGAAAUAUCACACAGAACCCUCCCUCCGUCGCAGAAAAAGUGGACAAGCAACGGCAAGACAUCCAAAGACAGACGAUCCCCCGACGUCAUCCUCCUUCGCAUUCCCUCACAAGUAUUCCACCUCUCCAGACUCGCCCCCUUUUUUCUGGCCUCUCACUCUCUCGUCUCUUUUUAACCUUAGGAACUAUCAGCGCGCAUCCUGGCCGUCUCGGGAACUUCUGACGGGGACCCAGAAUGAGCCAAACUUGAUUCCCAACUAUGUCUCUGAGGUGAUGUCUGCGCGGCCAAUGUUUUUCUUUGCUCUCGCUCGUAAUGUGUUGGUUUUGAGAAGUGCUCCUGCUGCGUCCUGUUUCAGUUGAACUUUUCUCCUUGCAGCUCGAUGGACUAGCUUGUGUGUAUAUAGGCUGCACUUCUUUCUGUCGGACGAAUCAAAUAUCAGAGAUAAACAUUUUAUAGUUAAUGUAAAGGAUCUGUUUCCUUUGUUUUGUUGAAACAAAGAAAAUAAGAGAUGUUUGUUGUACAAAUUCUCAACGUUUAUACUGAACAGAGGGCCGUUAUAUUUAUAUUCUAAACUCCCUUACAUGUUGUAACGAAUUGGAGACUUCAUUCCGAUAGAGCUGAAAUAUUUAGAACCCGAGUAAAUCAAGACAUUAAUAUUAAGGGCUUCAGUGUGUCUAGACCGUAGUGUAAAAGAUUUCGUGGUUUCCCAAAUCCUCCAUCUUAUUCCUUCAGUAUUUCAAGAUCUUGCCAUCCCCAGCCCGCAGCCGUUCCCUGCUCCCGAGGCUUUCCCAAUGCAACUGGUAGUGUAUGAUUAUCUUAUCUUUUUUAGCUGCUCCGUAUAAAUCGUAUUUUAGUAAAAUUCAUAUGUAUAGGAAGACGGUAGGUUUAUGCUUGUAAAUAGACUUAAAACCCCAGCACUAAAGGCUCACAAAUAUUUCAAAAUUUGUAUGUAAUAAUACACGUGUAUAAGACGUCCAUCCGAAAAAUAUAGUUUUACGGUGUGAUGCUAAUGAAGGUCUUUGCUCUGACGCACGCCAAGGGCUAACUUAGAGGUAGAGAUAGUAGUAAUCAGUGUUACUGUACCAACCAAUAAACUCAUUCACGUCUGUGAAACUUUGCGCAGAUUGUCUCCUGAAAAGACCUAGAUUUUCUUAAAGGGCGAUAUCUCACGUCGUACAUCUGCAUCCUCCCUUGACUCAUUCAUCACACUCAUCAUCACGGACGCCACAGACGCCAGACUUCCUGCCACGACUCUCGCUCUCCCGUCCACCAUGCUCGAGCCUCCCUUGUCGGCCGCCGAGGCGCUCCCGGCCGCCCUCAAGAAGGAAGCCUCGGGGACUCGCGCUCGUUUCGGCGGGAACGACACCGCCGGCGACCCCGAAGGAGGCUUCGACGGGGCAGACAAAUACGUUGCUCAACAAGGCUAUCAGGGAAGGGCCGGGCAGGAGGGGGCCCAAGCAGGAGGUCUACAGACAAACGCGACUCCUGCAGGAGGCGCCCGCAGGAACCGCGCGGGAGAGGAGGAGGAGGAGGAAGCUGUCCCUGCUGGAGGUCGCCCUUCGCGCCUCAUAAACCUCAUGUCCUGCAUCGGUCCCCGCGACAGUCCUCUCUACUUUUUCUCUUCCUCUGCGCCUUCUCUUCCCUCCUCUGCUACUCGCCCUUCCUUUUCCCCUCCCCCCUCCUCCUACGACCCGCCCCCCGCCUCCACCCCCUCCUUCCCGAUGAUGUUGGCGCUGCAGAAGACGCUGGCGGUGCUGGUGGCGGUGACCAGCAUCCUCGCCCUCAUCACCAGCGUCCCCGGAGCACAGGCUGAAGGAACUGAUAAAGUCUUGUUCUGCUUGGUUCAUCCCCUCCAUUCGUAUUUCUCCCACGUCGACUAG